AUGUUUGUGAGAUUACGGUGGAUAAUUCUGGGCACGAUAAUACUUCCUCUUCCAAUAAAUUGCACGGUCUUUAAAAUUGGCCUAGUUGGACCAUGGAACUGCAAUCCUUUUUUCUCCAAGGCCUUUCCCCAAGUGGCUGCGAAGCUAGCUGUGGAACGGAUAAAGAAGGAUCCUUCGCUGAAUUUUGCCCAUCAGCUGGACUGGGUGUUGCUAGAAGAGGACUGCUGCACCUGUAAAGCUCUGGCUGGAUUCAUCGGCUUCGAAAAACUUGCGUCGGCUUUUAUAGGACCGCUGAACCCCGGCUACUGUGACACAGCCUCUUUGCUCAGCAAGAGCUGGAAGAAAGCCGUCUUCUCAUGGACGUGCGUAAACUAUGAACUGGACCAUCCGAACUGCCACUCCACGCUCAUAAGGACGCUGCCCUCGUCCACCAGCAUCCUCGUGGCGGUGUUGAAAUAUUUCAACUGGGCUCACGUUGGCAUCAUCUCUUCCCAAGAGGACUUUUGGGUGGACACAGCCAACAAACUGGCAAUGGCCCUGAGAAACCAGGGGCUACACAUACAUCUUGUUACAACCGUCUACAAUGGAGAUGCAAGAACUGGAGGGACUUGGGCAAGGAUCCAGGCUGCUGGGGACAUUAAAGUUAUAAUCCUAUGCAUGCACUCCGCUCUGGUCGGAGGGGAAGACCAGGCCACCUUGCUAACCCAAGCUCAGGAAAUGGGCCUGGCCGAUGGGAGAUACGUCUUUUUGCCGUACGAUACCCUGCUGUACAGCCUUCCUUAUCGAAACCAUUCCUACUUCCUCCUUGACAAGGACCGCGCAUUCCGGGAAGCUUACGACUCGGUCUUGACUAUCACCUUAGAGCCUGGAGAUCAAGAGUUUUACGAAGCAUUCAGGGCAGCAAAACAAAGGGGCGAAAUAACAACAGAUUUAGAGCCACAGCAGGUGAUUCCUCUCUUUGGAACCAUCUACGAUGCUAUUUAUCUCACCGCAAAAGCUUUAGACAAGGCGCAUUGGCACGGGACUUAUGAACUCUCGGGGAUAACGUUGGCAGAACAUGUGAAAAACCUUAACUUUGCAGGAUUCAGCCACAGGGUACAGACCGACAGCAAGGGGAAAGUGCUGGCCAAUUACGUGAUCCUGGACACAGACGGCAAAGGGAGCUACUUAUCCCCUACCUACUUGCUGGUUGCAUCCUCAGGCUUGGUGCAGCCCCUGGGAACAGCCAUACACUUUCCCGGAGGAGGCCCGCCCCCUGCCGAUUCCAGCUGUUGGUUUGACCCAGAUGUUCUGUGCAUUAGAGACAAGGAUCCACCCAUUGUGGUUAUGGUAUUGCUGCCUCCUCUCUUCCUGCUCCUCUUUGGAAUGUGCCUGGUUUAUCUCAUCAGGCACAGCGCCUUCUAUCGCCAAAUCAUCAAGGGGUCAAAGAAGUUGCUGCUGACCUUAGAUGACCUCACUUUUGUGAAUGCCAAGCUGAGCCGAAUGAGGCUGACUCUGGACAAUGUCAGUGAGUCCAAGUGCCGCUCAGAAGGCCGAAGCCUGAAAUCUGCAACUCACUCCUUGUCCAUGAAAAGUGCAUCUCUGACCUAUGAAACCUCCAACGUGGCUGUGUAUGAGGGAGAUUGGGUAUGGUUGAAAAAACUGGAGUGUGGCCCGUCUGGUGAACUGACGCUUCCUGCCCCCGGUUUCUUACGCAAGAUGAUGGACAUGCGUCAUGAAAAUGUGAAUCCCUUUUUAGGUAUGUUGUCGGAUGAAGGCCUCUCUGCCAUUGUGAUGGAAUUCUGCUCCCGAGGAAGCUUGGAGGAUUUGUUGCAGAAUACGGACAUUAAGCUGGACUGGAUGUUUAAAUCCUCUCUCCUGAUGGACCUGAUUAAAGGAAUGAAAUAUUUACACCACCAGGAUAUACUUCAUGGGCGCCUGAAGUCUCGAAACUGUUUGGUGGAUGGACGGUUCGUACUGAAGAUCACCGAUUACUGCUACAGUGACUUUUUGGCAUCCCAGCAAGCCCUAAAUAUUCAGCCACCUGCAGAAGAAUUGCUCUGGACAGCUCCGGAGUUAUUGAGAGACCCAGCGAUGUUCCCCAAUGGCACCCUGAAAGGAGAUGUGUACAGUUUUGCCAUUGUUGCUCAAGAAGUAGUCCUGCGGGGCCCACCAUAUUGCACGUCCGACAUCUCCGCUGAAGAAAUUAUACGCAAACUGAAGAAACCUCCACCCUUGUACCGUCCAAAUGUUUCUCCAGAUAGCGCCCCCUUGGAAUGUAUCCAGCUCAUGCAGCAGUGCUGGAAUGAAGUGCCGGACAGAAGGCCUCCAUUUGAUGAGAUUUUUGAGCAGUUUAAAACCAUCAACAAAGGCAAGAAGACCAAUAUCAUCGACUCCAUGUUGAGGAUACUGGAACAGUAUUCAAGCAAUCUGGAAGAUUUAAUCCGGGAAAGGACCGAAGAGCUGGAGAUUGAGAAACUGAAGACGGAGAAACUGCUGACCCAAAUGCUCCCCCCGUCCGUGGCGGAAACCCUGAAAACCGGAGCAACCGUUGAACCGGAGUACUUUGAUGAGGUCACCAUCUACUUCAGCGACAUCAUUGGCUUCACAACCAUCUCUGCCCUCAGUGAGCCCAUUGAGAUUGUGGAUCUCUUGAAUGACCUUUACACUCUGUUUGAUGCUGUCAUUAGCCACCAUGAUGUUUACAAGGUGGAAACCAUCGGCGAUGCCUACAUGGUUGCAUCAGGGCUCCCAAAACGAAAUGGUCAGAGGCACGCCGCCGAGAUUGCCAACAUGGCUCUGGACAUCCUCAGCUCCGUGGGGUCGUUUACAAUGAAGCACCUUCCGGGCGUGCCCAUCAAGAUCCGGAUGGGGCUUCACUCUGGACCUUGUGCUGCUGGGGUCGUGGGCCUCACUAUGCCACGGUACUGUCUGUUUGGGGACACGGUGAACACGGCUUCACGGAUAGAAUCCACUGGGUUGCCUUACAGAAUUCACAUUAGCCAGAACACCAUGAAAACGCUAAAGAGUCUCAACGAAGGCUAUAAAAUAGAUUUCCGAGGGAAAACUGAGCUGAAGGGGAAAGGCUUAGAAGAGACAUACUGGCUAGUUGGGAAGAAAGAUUUUGCAAAACCACUGCCACGCCCUCCCGAAGUGAAACCCGGGUAA